CAAACAAGGAAGUUUAUCACACCAUACGGGUUACCGUUCCUGCUUCUAUCAUCGCUACUUUUGGUUUUAUUCAGUGUUAUAAUGUCUCGUGACGCGGUGGUCGUUGCGGCAAUUGAUUUUGGUACGACAUAUUCUGGCUGGGCUUUCUCCUUCAAGCACGAGUUUAAGAGCGAUCCCAUCAAAGUGUCCGCCAAGACAUGGACGGGUGGUCAGCUGGUGUCCUCGAAAGGUCCUACUUGCGUGUUAAUCAAGCCGGACGGACGAACACUGGCGGCGUUCGGGUACGAGGCGGAAUCCCGGUACGCGGACCUGGCGGAGGAGGAGAAGCACGUGAACUGGUUCUUCUUUCGUAGGUUCAAAAUGAUGCUCUAUGGCAAAAUUGGAAUGCAACGCGACAUCUUGCUGAAAGAUGCGACUGGCAAAGAGCUCCCUGCAAAAACAGUGUUUAGUCUCAGUAUUAAGUUCUUGCGGGACGACAUGUUAGCGAUGUCCCAACAGCGGCUGGCGGGUGACGGGCUUGCCGACAACGAGGUCCACUGGGUUCUCACCGUCCCCGCCAUCUGGAACGACGCCGCUAAACAAUUCAUGAGGGAGGCCGCGGAGGAGGCCGGUAUACCAAGUGACCAAUUAACAAUCGCCCUGGAACCGGAAGCAGCCUCUCUGUACUGUCGUCAUCUUCCGGUAGAGAAAAACAAAGGCUCGAAAGCUGCCUCACUCGCACAGUUUAAAACGGGAACCAAAUAUAUGGUACUCGACUGCGGAGGCGGGACGGUGGACAUCACAGUACACGAGGUGGCAAAUGGCGGCCAUCUGAAGGAGCUGCACAAGGCCAGCGGGGGUGCCUGGGGAGGCACCAAAGUCGAUGACGCAUUCUUUACGUUCCUUCAAAAACUCGUGGGUGCACCAGUUUUGAAGACAUUUAUGACCCAGCACAUGGAUGACUAUAUAGACAUAUUUCGCGACUUUGAGAUCAAGAAACGUGAUGUCGCGCCGUCACGUGACAACAAAGUGACGUUCCGGAUACCCAUAGCGCUACUUGAUGUCUUCUAUGAUAUGACUGACGAAACGCUCAAACAAGUUAUACCACAAACGCGUUAUGCGGGAAUGAUAACACUCACUGGAGAUAAAAUGCGUAUCGACGCUUCCGUCGUGAAGUCGUUCUUCAAAGAGUCGGUAGACAGUAUAGUAGAACAUCUUGGGAAUCUCUUUCGGGAGCCGUCUGUCGCCGGUUGUGCCGCCAUCGUCAUGGUUGGCGGCUUCUCGGAAUCGCCCAUGCUGCAGGAAACUAUCAAGAUACAAUUUCCGGAUGUCCGAGUGAUUAUUCCCGACGAAGCUGGACUCGCCAUAUUAAAGGGGGCCGUUAUUUUUGGGCACUGUCCAAAUAUUAUAUCUGAGAGGAUUAGUAAAUACACGUACGGCGUAGCGUGUUCACAGACGUAUAUGCAGGGAAUACAUCCUCCAGACCGGAAGACUCUUAACGAAGACGGCGAAGAGGAAGUUGAUGAUAUUUUUAGUGUGCAUGUGAGAGCCGGACAAAAACUGGACAUAGAUGAGGUUCAAACGGCGCGCACAUACAGCGUUGGUCAAGCCGACCAACAAGCCAUGACCAUACAAUUUUUCGCCACUGAUAAAACUGAUCCCAUGUUUGUUGACGAUCCGGGGUGUAACCGGAUAGGGAUUAUGCAAGUGCCUGUUCCUGGGUUCGGAUGUGACCGUCAGGCUAAAAUAAGCCUCAAAUUCGGCAAAACUGAAAUCGAGGCUAGCGUAAAGAUUGUACAUACUAGUGAUGUCAGUAAAGCGAAUAUAAAUUUUCUUGGUUAAAAUCAUGACACGGCUAUUGGCGUAUUGCGUGAGAACACGCAUGUGUUUCCCAUCAAAUAUGCUAUUCUAAGAAACGCGUGACAUUUUAAAACGUAGAUUCUCCUGAGUCUGGUCCACUGCCUCGUUUCCGCAAAACACCCUACGCUCCAGAUGGGAUGAAAACUCUUACAGAUUUGGCUAUGGAAGAUAUUUAUAAUCUUUCAUUCUUAACAUUUGGAAUGAACAUUGUACUUUGUAUUUUAUUUUAUUAACUUCUUUGUAUUAUAUUUUAUAAACUUAGUCUAUAUUUUGAGUUAGUAUUUUUGCAGUCUAUGACAGUAUAUACUCAUAAUUCUUUGGUAUUACCUCCUAUUUUAAUUAUUGACUUAUGGAAAAAAUAUUUUGAUGAUACUUAAUUUCAUUUUCAUCACAAUUAAAAAAUGUCGUGAAUUUCAAAUAAAUUCCGCAAAACAACUUACGCUCGAGUCGGGAUGAACCUAUCUUACACUCUCGGUCAUGGAAGAUACUUAUAAUCUUACUCGGACAGGGAAGAUACUUAAAUUCUUACAAUAAUCAGCUAUAACAUAUGCACAAAUGUGUAGGCCCAUUAUGGUAUCAGCCCUUGAAACUUUUGUUUUAAAAAUAUAUGAUAGAAGCGUUACCUUUAAUAAUGAAGAAAAUAGUAACAAACUAUAAUCAAGUGUAAGCAAGAAUGAUAAGCCUCUACAUAAAACAGUUAUACAUUUAACAUGCAAUUAUGAGUUCUAUGUGUUUUAAUAUGUUCACGCCUAAAUACGUUGUUGAAAAUUCAUUUUUAUUUUGAGUUAUAUUCGCUAUUCCAAUAACAACACGUCAUAUUUGACCUUAAUAUUUAACAAGCAAGUAUGUUGAAUUGAUAUCUCCCGCAUGAUAAAGACAAAGUAGAUGGAAUCAAAAUUUUGGUGAAUAAUUCCAACAGAAACAUGCAAAGUGAUUGAGUUUUAUAAAGGUGUGAUUUGAGAUAUGAGUGUGUUGCAAUUGUUUGAAAUAAAAGAAUGUAUAUUGUAGCAUUUACAUUUUCCCCCAGUAACCUAGUCCCCCCUUUACCCAAU